AUGAGCGGACUGGCGGGGAAGCUGGACCCUCGCAGGAUACAGUGGGGCUCGGCAUGGAACACCUUCACGUCGCGCGUGCUGAGGACCAAGCCCGUGGAGUCCAUGCUGGAUUCGGCCGUGUCCGGCACCAGCUCCCACGGCACCAGACUGGCCCGGGUGUUGUCCACGGUGGAUCUGGUGUCGCUCGGUGUGGGCAGCUGCGUCGGGACGGGGAUGUACGUGGUCUCGGGGCUUGUUGCCAAGGAGAUGGCUGGCCCUGGGGUCAUUGUGUCCUUCAUUAUCGCAGCUGUGGCAUCCAUACUUUCAGGAGUGUGUUAUGCAGAGUUUGGGGUGCGCGUGCCUAAGACCACAGGUUCUGCCUACACAUACAGCUACGUAACCGUGGGAGAGUGCGUGGCUUUUUUCAUCGGCUGGAACUUAAUCCUGGAGUAUCUGAUCGGCACGGCGGCGGGGGCGUCGGCUCUCAGCAGCAUGGCGGACUCUCUGGCCAAUCACAGCAUCAGCAACUUCAUGAUUUCACAUAUCGGCACGCUCAACGGCUUGGGUAAAGGGGAGCAGUCAUACCCAGAUCUGCUGGCCCUGCUGAUAGCCUUGCUGGUGACAGUGAUCGUGGCUCUGGGAGUGAAGAACUCUGUCGGCUUCAACAACGCGCUGAACAUCAUCAACCUCAUCGUCUGGGUUCUCAUGAUGAUCGCCGGGCUGUUCUUUGUCAACGGAGAGAACUGGGACGAAGGGAGAUUCCUACCCUUUGGCUGGUCAGGGGUGAUGCAGGGUGCAGCCACCUGCUUCUAUGCCUUCAUCGGGUUUGACAUCAUCGCUACAACAGGAGAAGAGGCCAAAAGCCCCAACACCUCCAUCCCCUACGCCAUCACUGCCUCACUCAUCACCUGCCUCACUGCCUACGUCUCCGUCUCUGUGAUACUGACGCUUAUGGUCCCGUACAAUGAAAUCGAUGCAGACGCCCCGCUGAUGGAGAUGUUCUCCAGGCACGGCUGCAUGUUCGCAAAAUACAUAGUAGCUGUGGGGUCCAUAGCUGGACUCACUGUGUCCCUACUGGGGUCCCUGUUCCCCAUGCCGAGGGUCAUCUAUGCUAUGGCAGGGGAUGGUCUUCUGUUUAAGUUCCUGGCCAACGUCUCUUCAUACACGGAGACCCCUGCUGUGGCCUGUGUGGUGUCUGGGUUUCUGGCUGCCCUUCUGUCCCUUCUGGUCAGCCUCAGAGACCUGAUAGAGAUGAUGUCCAUUGGCACCUUGCUGGCCUACACUCUAGUAAGCCUUUGCGUGCUCCUCUUGCGUUACCAACCCGAGGGCGACAUCCACGGCUUCGUGAACUUUCUCUCCGAGGAGCAGAAGAAGAAGAAAAAGGAAGGGAUUCUGGCCGAGUGCGAGAAAGACGCUUGCUCGCCGACCAGCGAGGCCGACGAGUACGGCGGUCAGACCACGAACACCUGCGGGGCCAAAAACCUGCCGUCGCUGGGCGACAACGAGAUGCUGAUUGGGAAACCAGACAAAAAUGCGUACAGCGCCAGCCAUCCCAACUACGGCACGGUGGAUAUGGCAACCGGCAUCGAAGCAGAGGAGUCAGAAGGAGGGAUGUCUCGACGGCUCAAGAAGCUGAUCGGACCUCGCUACUACACGCUGAGAAUCCGUUUAGGCCUCCCUGGGAAAAUGGACAGGCCAACUCCGGUCACGGGGAAAACUGUCACCGUGUGCGUGCUGCUGCUGUUCGUCUUGUUCUUCGCUUUCUGCUCCUUCAUCAUUUUUGGAGCUGACUUUAUCACAGAGGGUCGUUGGUGGGCCUUGCUGCUACUAAUCUUCCUCAUCAUCUUCAUUGCCCUGCUGAUCAUCAUCAUCCUCCAGCAGCCAGAAAACCCCAAGCGGCUGCCUUACAUGGCUCCCUGCGUGCCGUUCGUACCUGCUUCAGCCAUGCUGGUCAACAUCUACCUCAUGCUUAAGCUCUCUGCCAUCACCUGGAUUCGAUUUUCAAUCUGGUGCCUCGUUGGUGUGCUUAUCUACUUCGGCUACGGCAUGUGGAACAGCACUCUGGAGAUCACGGCCAGAGAGAACGAGGUGCACGCCUCCACCUACCAGCGCUACGAUCAGGGCGUGGACGAAGGCUUCUGCGGCUUCGACGACGACUUCUACCCGCCUGCGACUGACGCCUGGGGCGCGCCCGGCGGGGGAUUAGAGGCGACUCCGCCUCCAAAGGCGAAACCUGAAAGUGACGGGAUUUCGUCGAAAGGUGGAGGCAGAACCAUUGCUAACAACGGCCUAGCGGAGGAGGAUCCCAUGGACUUCUGAAGGGGACUGACGUCUGUGUUACAUUGAAUGUACUGCCUUGUCUGCUGCCUGGGGGACGGGGAAGGGGCGGUGUGCGAGCGCACGACUGAUUACGGGGCGUGCGAGUGUGUGUGUGCGUGUGUUUGCAUGCUUGCACGAGUGUGUAUUUGUUUUAGGUAUCAAACCCCCCCGGGCUAGAUGGUUUUUGGUUAGUACAACGGUUUGUCUUUUACCUUCGUCAACUUUGCUUUAGGAUGCUGCCCCCUCCACAUACACACACACACACACACACACAAAUGUGGACAUAAAUGUCUUCACGCUUUCACAGAUCCAGACUCUUUAAUCAACAUGUGAGAAAAGUGCGAACAAAGUGGGAGAUUUGUGUUUUGGUGAUGGAAGUGGAGAAACGACAUGCUGUACCGAGCAACUUUUUAACUGUGUAGUCAAGAACUUUGGCACAGGAGAGAAAUGAAGGGUGAUGAGAGGGUCGUAGAUGAGUCAGCAACUGUCUUCCUGUUCCAGCACAGGCAGACAGACAGGAAACUAUCACGGCAGCGCGAUUAAUACAAAGGCCUUCCGAGGGCAAAGAAGUCUAACUCUGUCUGUUGUCAGCUUUUGUACAAAAACCUGAAGAAUUUGUCUAAAACACAUUCUUAAACCUAAGCUGAACAUCUAGCCUGAGGGGGUUUCCACCGGGGGAUUUGGGGUAAAGGGUGUCGAUGUUUUCUGUGACGACUAGUUCUUGGACUUUGCUUGUAAUAGUGCCUUCAUCAACUAUGUGUGUUUUUUCUGGUCGUGUCAGUUCUCUACUUUGAUUUUUUUUUUUGUUUUUUUUUUUGUUUGGCCUGUGUAUGUGUGCGUUCUGUUGUACUGUGCCUUGCAAAAGUAUUCACAAACCCUGAACUUUCCAUAUUUUUGAUAUGUUCCAAUUACAGGCCUCAGCCUGUUUCAAUUGGGUUUUAAGUGACAGAGCAAAACAAAAUAGAAUUUGUUGUCAAACCAAUCCUUUGCAGCUCCGGCUGGAAUUGUUGGAAGAUCUGGAAUUGCUGGAAAGUCUUUCCCUGCUGUUUUAUGUAUAAAAGUUAACUUUCAGGUUUCCCUUUUUUUUUAACUCCACCCACUGUCCUUCAACUCUUUCUAGCUCAUUAUUCACCAUGGUCGGGUGGGAGGUGAGUAGAGGGGUGUUCAGACAUUUUGGCCUCAUCUGACCAAACCAUUUUCCAAAUGUUUGGUGUGUCUCCUAAGGUUGAUGGGAAACUGCAAAUGGGACUUCCUACAGCUUACUACUUCUCUCCCCUUUUCCCUAAAUCCCAGAUUUGUGGACUUCACAGCUAAUAGUUGCCAUUUGAACAGAUUCUUAUUCCUGAGGUGUGGGUCUCCGCAGCUCCUUCAUUGUUGCCACGGGGCUCCUGGCUGCUUCUCUGAUAAUACUCCCCUGCUAGGUUAGGUUUAUGGCCAAGUCUUCAUAUGUUUACAUUUGUGUCAUUCUUCCCAUUUUUGAUUGAUGGAUUAAACAGAACUUUGUGUAAUCUUCAAAUGCUUAAGACAUUUUUUUUGGCCUACCCUUGCUUUAGUCGUUCCUACAACUUCAUCUCUGCCCUGACUGGCAUUUUUCUUGCUCUUCACGAUGCUGUUUGUUCUCUGAUGUUUCCUACGCACUACUUUGUAUUUGUCUAUCAC